GCGAGUGCGUCGACGUCAGCUCAGAUCCAGUCCGAGGCCAGGGCCAUCCAAGGCGAGUUCGCUUCUGUGCCUCCAAAGGAUGUGACCACGAAUGCUGCUGGAGCGAAUCCGACCGCCACCCUCGUCCAGGCGGCCAAGUCCAAGGCGCCGGGAUUUCAGAGGUGCGGCUGCUGCGGCCAACCAGGUCGCGAGCCGAACGGGUGUUCGUGCACAGGAGGCCAGACCUACAAGUGUCUGCUGGAGGGGGCCGGGCACCCGUCGCUGAACUUCGCGCAGAACUACCGUCCACCUCGUCGGAAGAACGACCAGCCACAAGCAGGCCUCCCCGAGUGCGCGAUUCCCAGGUCGGCGAGCCCCGAGGUCAGUUGGCGGUGCAGGUCCGAGGUGAUCUGCAUGAGGUGGAGGCGGAUGCUGUCCAAGGUCCUGGAGAAACUGGCGAACGAUCCGUCCUCGGAAUCCUUCGAGAUGCUGGACGACUCGCCCGAGAAGGACCUGGACACGAUGCAAAAGGCUGUCAACCAGUACGACCUGGACUACACGAAGGAGAUUGGCGACGACGUCAACUUCCUGUCCCGCAACGGCCGCUACGACUUGCUCGAGGUCUGCACGCCUCCGAAGUCCCGUCUCUCCCAGGCGGUGAUCGACCUAGGUGGAGCCGCCUCCCGAGCUGGGGUGCACAACGGGUUCGACAUGGCGAUGAAGACGGGAGUACGACGGCUCGCUCUGUGGAUUCGUCAACAUUGGCCUCGACGCAUCGUCCUGAGUCCUCCGUGCGCCGCGGACUGCCAACUCCAGAACUGGAACCAGAAGACCCCAGAGGACCGCGAACGUCUACGUAAAAAUGUGCAACAGGCUCGUCGAAUACAAGCUGGGUGCGAGACCAUCAUGUCGGUCGGGCUCCAAUCCCGUGGGACCGAGAUCGACCUGGAACAGCCGCAGAGAUCCCAUAGGUGCGGACGUUCGGAGGCCCUGAAGCGCAUCAGGGAGCAGACCUACGAGACGCUGGUGGCUGGCUGUGCUCACGGCCUUCGCUGCCCCCGCAGCGGCCUCCUCUUGCCCGAGGUCUGGAGGAUCUGCUCUACCGACCCCGAGCUGCAGAAGGCCAUCGGCAAACGCUGCAGUAACCGCCCAGGUCGGCAUGACAACCACGAGCACGGUGAGAUCAUCGGGGGGAAGGUGGUAGUGGCUACAGCGUUCUACCCUGAGGCGUUGUGCAAAGCCUGGGCGAAGCACUCUCUGAGUGCGGGGGGUGGUACUACAGCUGGAACAUCAGCCCUCUUGGCGACGGACCAGGAUAUUGACGACGGCUUCUUUGAGGGCAUCGACGCAGACGGCGACCAGGAGAUGGAGGACCAGCAGGUGUCAGACGAGGAGCUCGACGAGGAUGACCUCAGGGAGCUCUCCAAGGACGGUGGCACGCUGAGCACCAAGGAGGCCCGGGAGAUAGAGCACCGCCUCAGCCGACUUCAUCGCAAUCUGGGCCACCCCGGCGUCCGCACCAUGUUCAAGAUUCUCGAGAACUCGGGCGCGAGCAUCCAGGUUCUGAAGAUGGUCAAGAAGUUUAAGUGCCAUGCCUGUGACUCCACGGCGUUGCCGAAGGCCGUCAGAACAGCUGCUGGCAUUGACGUUCCCGAGGUCUUCGAAGUGAUGGGGGGUGACGGCCUCGAGUGGACCGACCCUGUUGACGACGCGACCUACCUGUUCACGCUGAACCUUGACGAGGGGUCUGGACUCACGCAGAUCUUCAACCAUGGCGACAAGUCCCAGAGGUUGCGCCGGAUCCAGUUGUUCAAGCGGACUCUUACCAAGUUCAGGAAACAGAAUCACGACUGCGACAAAGACGAGGCCAUCAGCCAUGUCACGCAUGCGAUCAACGAUCUUGACAAGGUCGGGAACCAUUCACCCUUCGCACGCGCCUUUGGUACUGGAGGCCAUCGGUGCUCGGGCAACCCCUUUGCCAUCGUGGACGACAGCCACGGAGAGUCCCGGGAGCAGAGGCGACUUCUGGCACGUCAGAGCUUCAUAGAGGUG